AGAGAUCCAUUUUUUCUUCGUCGACGAACACGCAUUCCCCGCUUGGUCGAGCUCGCCGUUGGACACUGUCCUCCGUUCUCAGCCCUGCGUGGUUGUUCUCGGGCAAAUAUUGAAGAAUGUUAGAAACCUAGGGCUUUUUUGACUCCCAAAAUCCGCCCGAUCUGUUUGUCAAAAUGGGGCAUUUAAAGUUGCAAGCUCAAGCUGCUAUCAGUGCAAUAGAGGAGGAACCUAAACAAUAUGAUGCUGGAUAUCCUAAUAGAACUACUGUAGCAUGCAUGAUCAAUGCAGAAAUUGGUGCUGUUUUGGCGGUCAUGAGAAGAAAUGUUAGAUGGGGGGUCCAUUACAUGUCGGAUGACAAUCAGUUGGAGCACUCUCUUGUUCAGUCUUUGAAGGUAUUGAGGAGGCAAAUCUUUAUGUGGCGGAAUCAGUGGCAUGCCAUCAACCCUGCCUUGUAUCUCCAGCCUUUCCUGGAUGUAAUUCGAUCAGAUGAAACUGGUGCACCAAUUACUGGUGUUGCUUUGUCAUCUGUUUACAAGAUAUUAACCCUGGAUGUGAUUGAUCAAAACACUGUCAAUGUUGGGGAUACCAUGCACUUGGUGGUUGAUGCUGUUACAAGUUGCAGGUUUGAGGUGACUGAUCCUGCAUCAGAAGAAGUGGUAUUAAUGAAGAUACUACAAGUUCUCCUGGCAUGUGUGAAAAGCAAAGCAUCAGUAGUGCUGAGCAACCAGCAUAUUUGCACCAUAGUGAAUACUUGUUUCCGUAUAGUUCAUCAAGCAGGAACCAAAGGCGAGUUGUUGCAGCGAAUAGCACGCUACACAAUGCAUGAACUUGUUAGGUGUAUUUUCUCUCAUCUUCAAGAUGUUGGCAGCACAGACCAUGCAUUGCUUAAUGGGAGCACAGCUAUGACUCAAGAGACUAGGCAAUUGAGAAAUGGGAACUUUAAUGCUGCAAAUGAUAACCAAUCAUUAUCUGCCUGCAUUACUUCCAAUGCUGAUGAAAACCCAACUAUUGCUACCGGUGGCAAGGAGACUGUUCUGCAUGAAUUGCAUCCCAUGUCUGAGCGGUAUGGGGUUCCCUGCAUGGUGGAGAUAUUUCACUUCUUAUGUUCAUUGUUAAAUGUUGUUGAGCAUAUGGGAAUGAGUCCUAGAUCAAACACAAUAGCAUUUGAUGAGGAUGUGCCACUUUUUGCCUUAACCUUGAUAAAUUCAGCCAUAGAAUUGGGAGGGCAUUCCUUCUGUCAUCAUCCCAGAUUGCUGAGCCUGAUUCAGGAUGAGUUAUUUCGUAAUCUAAUGCAAUUUGGUUUGUCAAUGAGUCCCCUGGUACUUUCAAUGGUGUGCAGCAUUGUUCUCAACCUGUAUCACCAUCUUCGAACUGAACUCAAAUUACAACUAGAAGCUUUCUUUUCUUGUGUCAUUUUAAGGCUUGCGCAAAGCAGAUAUGGAGCUUCAUAUCAGCAGCAGGAGGUUGUCUUGGAGGCCCUUGUUGACUUCUGCAGGCAAAAAUCAUUCACGAUGGAGAUGUAUGCUAACUUUGACUGUGACAUUACUUGCAGUAAUGUCUUUGAAGAUAUAGCUAAUUUGUUGUCAAAAACUGCAUUUCCUGUAAACACUCCACUAUCUUCCAUGCAUAUUCUUGCUUUGGAUGGUCUUAUUGCUGUUAUGCAGGGAAUGGCCGAAAGAAUAGGCAUUGGGUCUCUUAGUUUAGAAAGUUCUCAGUUGAAUCUUAAAGAGUAUACUCCAUUCUGGACAGAGAAGUGUGACAAUUUCAGUAAUCCUAACCAUUGGGUUUCUUUUGUCCGCCGAAGAAAGUACUUGAAGAGAAAAUUGAUGAUAGGAGCUGACCACUUUAAUCGUGAUCCUAAGAAAGGCUUAGAGUUUCUCCAAGGAACAAAGCUUUUACCGGACAAACUUGAUCCUCAGAGUGUUGCUUGCUUUUUCAGAUACACCACUGGGCUAGACAAGAAUCUCAUCGGUGAUUUUCUGGGAAAUCAUGAUGAAUUCUGUGUUCAGGUUCUUCACGAAUUUGCUAGAACAUUUGAUUUCGAAGACAUGACUUUAGACAAUGCCCUGCGUCUAUUUUUGGAAACUUUCAGACUGCCUGGAGAAUCACAGAAAAUACAAAGAGUUCUCGAAGCUUUCUCUGAGAGAUAUUAUGAGCAGUCGCCACAGAUCCUUGCUAACAAGGAUGCUGCUCUCUUGUUAUCAUAUUCAAUCAUUAUGCUCAAUACAGAUCAACACAAUGUACAAGUCAAAAAGAAGAUGACAGAAGAGGAUUUUAUUCGGAAUAAUAGGCGAAUAAAUGGUGGUAAUGAUCUACCCCGAGAAUUCCUAUCUGAUCUUUACCAUGCAAUUUGUAAGAAUGAGAUUCGCACAACCCCUGAACAAGGUGUUGGAUUUCCUGAAAUGACCCCAAGCCGUUGGAUUUAUCUAAUGCAAAAGUCAAGAAAAACUGCACCAUUCAUUAUGUCUGAUUCAAGAUCAUAUCUUGAUCAUGACAUGUUUGCUAUAUUAUCUGGCCCAACAAUUGCUGCCCUUUCUGUGGUAUUUGAUAAUGCUGAACAUGAAGAGGUGUACCAGACGUGUAAGGAUGGAUUUUUAAUUGUUGCCAAGAUUUCAGCUUACUAUCAUCUUGACAAUGUACUGGAUAAUCUGGUUGUGUCUCUCUGUAAGUUCAUCACUAUCCUGGAUCCAUCAUUGGAUGAUGAACCAGUCCUGGCCUUUGGAGACGACAUUAAAGCAAGAAUGGCAACUGAGACAGUUUUUACCAUUGCAAACAGGUAUGGUGAUUUUGUUCGUACUGGAUGGCGGAAUAUUCUUGAUUGUAUCUUACGGCUGCACAAGUUAGGCCUUCUUCCUGCACAUAUGGCUAGUGAUGCAGCAGAGGAGCUUUCUGCAGAAAUGGGGCUUGCAAAGCCUAAUGCAAAUUCUUUAUUGUCAACUCACCUGCCAUCUAGCACACCAAAGAGAUCCUCAGGAUUGAUGAGCAGGUUUAGUCAACUGUUAUAUCUUGGGGCUGAAGAGCCGAAAUCAGAACCAACUGAAGAGCAACUUAUUGCUCAUCAGCAUAGCCUAGAGACAAUCCAGAAAUGUCACAUUGAUAGCAUAUUCACUGAGAGUAAAUUUCUACAAGCUGAAUCUCUGUUGCAACUCACAAAAGCUCUCAUUAGUGCUACAGGGAGACCUCAGAAAGGGAACAACACAUCUGAUGAUGAAGAUACUGCAGUUUUCUGCCUGGAUUUAUUGGUUGCUAUCACUCUGAAUAACAGGGAUAGAAUUGGACUUCUUUGGCAAGGUGUUUAUGAGCACAUAUCAGCCAUUGUACAGUCGAGUGUGAUGCCUUGCGCACUGGUUGAGAAGGCAGUUUUUGGACUUCUAAGGAUUUGCCAGCGAUUGCUUCCAUACAAAGAGAAUAUUGCUGAUGAACUCCUGAGGUCAUUGCAACUUGUCUUGAAGCUUGAUGCUCGGGUUGCUGAUGCCUACUGUGAGCAGAUUACUCAGGAAGUUGGUCGCCUUGUGAAGUCAAACGCUUCUCAUAUCAGAUCUCAGUUAGGAUGGCGUACAAUUGCAUCACUCCUAUCCAUCACAGCCAGGCAUCCAGAAGCAUCUGAGGCUGGGUUUGAUGCAUUAUUGUUCAUAAUGUCUGACGGAGCCCAUUUGCUUCCUGCUAAUUAUGUUCUAUGCGUAGAUGCUGCCAGGCAGUUUGCUGAAUCACGUGUUGGACAGUCUGAGAGAUCUAUACGGGCCCUUGAUCUUAUGUCAGCUUCUGUCAAUUGUUUAGCAAAGUGGACCGGUGAUGCUAAACAAGCAAUGCAGGAAGAGCAAGUGUCAAAGAUGUUGCAGGAUAUUGGGGACAUGUGGCUGAGGCUGGUCCAGGGACUGAAAAAAUUAUGCUUAGAGCAGAGAGAGGAAGUUAGAAAUCAUGCUUUAUUUUCUUUGCAGAAAUGCUUGAGUGGAGCUGUUGACAUUGAUCUUACUCAUGGUCUGUGGUUACAAUGUUUUGAUCUAGUGAUCUUCCCUGUUCUUGAUGACCUGCUUGAAAUUGCACAGGCACAGUCCCAAAAGGACUACAGGAACAUGGAAGGCACGCUUAUUCUUGCCUUGAAGCUAUUGUCUAAGGUUUUCCUCCAGUUAUUCCGAGAUUUAUCACAGUCAACUGCCUUCACCAAGCUGUGGUUGGCUGUACUUGGCCGGAUGGAAAAAUAUGUGAAGGUAAAAAUUAGGGGAAGGAGAAGCGAGAAGCUUCAAGAACUUGUGCCUGAGCUUCUCAAAAAUACUUUGCUUGUUAUGAAAUCAGGGGGCUUACUAGUGCAAAGCAGUGUCUUGAGUGGCAAUAGUUUGUGGGAACUGACAUGGCAGCACGUGAAUAAUAUUGAUCCAACUUUACAGUCUGAGGUGUUCCCUGAGCAGGAUUCAGAGCAUUUGCAGCCCAGAAAGGGUGAAACAGCUGGAGAUUUGAGGCCUGGUGAAAAUGUUUCCAUACCUUCUAAAGAAACCACUGGUCAAGAUGGUGCUGGUAUUGGUUAAUUAUUGUUGCAGUGCUGUGGUUACUUGAAUUUGGUUUUGCUAUAUGUUCCUAUGAAACCAUGAUCUCAGCCCUUCAUAGUUUUCUUCUUGGAGGGUGUCUGGGUUCUCAGAUUAAUGAUGCAAAAUAUGAUAGAUCAGACUUCUGGUUAGAGUUUGGUAUUGCUGAAUCUCAUGUUGAUUAUGCAGAAUGCGGUAGAACAGAUUUGUUGGUAGGGUGUUGGGCUUGGCAUUCUCUCCUACUCUUAUUUGCCACAGGAUGCUAGGUAGUGGUGUAAUUUUUGAUGGAAUAUAUGUGCUGUAGCUUGAGAACCAUUAGAACGCUCACUGGUUGUAAGGUGCUUAUAGAGAACCCCUCUUGUCCCAAUGGGUCCACCCUGGGCCAGUGAACUGCAAAUUUCUAGAAUUAUUCUCUUUGCUAAAUUGUACAGAACUUGAGUUUCUUCUCUUUAGAUGCGAGAUGUAUUUUAAGCGGUAUGAUGCAAACAACAAAUGUAUUCGAAGUAUCACAAGUAUAGAUUUGAAUACCCAAGGACUUGCAGAUUUCAUUCA